GCCUACUCCCAGCAGACAGGGUCCGACUCCGGGCAUUGGGACAGAGCAUGCAGCAUCACACGUGCAUCCUCCCCAUUCUCCUCCUCCUGCUGCUGCAUACCAUCCUGGGCUCAGCUUAUGACACCGACCAAGGAGACUUACCGGGGGGCAGGAGAAGCAGAGGGGCAUCACAGGGAUCAGUAGAAGUGGUUCGUUGCCUGAACGGGGCUCUGCAAGUUGGCUGUGGAGCCUUUGCCUGCCUGGAGAACACAACCUGUGACACGGACGGGCUGUAUGACAUCUGCAAGUCUUUUUUGUACAGUGCGGCCAAGCUUGACACCCAGGGGAAGAUUUUUGUGAAGGAAAGCUUGAAGUGCAUGGUGACCGGUAUAACAUCUAAAGUGUUCCUGGCAAUCCGGAGGUGCUCCAGCCUCCAGCGGAUGAUCUCGGAGGUGCAGGAGGAUUGUUACACCAAGCUGGAGCUUUGCACUGUCGCACGUUACAACCCAGAAGCAGUCGCUGAGGUCGUGCAUCUGCCACAGCUAUUUUCCAACAGAUAUCACAACAAACUCUUGACCAGUCUUUUGGAUUGUGAUGACGUGACAGUGUCGGCCGUAAAGAGCAACCUGAUGAAUCACCUUGGACCCAAUCUAGCCAGUCUAUUCAAAGUCUUGCAAGGUGACAAGUGUUCCCAGCUCCAACCCAAAGCCGACUUAAACCGCAAGAGAAAUGUGGAUCCACAGAAACUCCGGCUCUAUCUCCGCAGCUUCCGGAAUGAAGGCCUUGGAUCGGUCUCUUCUAUCCAAGACUCCUCAGAAGAUUAUUAGCAGCCGCCAGAACAUGUGGGAAACUAUUACCAAAGUCAUGCAAAGUUAGAUGUUACCUAAGUAGAACUGCUGCCGUAUUUGUUUUGUUGUAAGAAAUCGAGCAGCAGCCCAAUUAGAUGUUCAUCUUUUAGAAAGCUAGAUGAACUGUGCCCCCCCUUUCAGUAUACUGAAUGUAAUAGGCCCUACACACUGGCAAUAUGAGGGAAAGAUAUGAACGAUCUUGUUCAAUAAUGAUCGAGAUACCGUUCAUAUCUUUCAGUGUGGAGGCACCAGCGCUCGUUUAUCGCUGGUGCCCUGCCGCUUGUGCAUGCAGGCCAAUAUGGACGAUUUUGUCCAUAUUUGCUGCACUGCUAUGGAGCCGAGUGACGGGGGGAGUGAAGAAACAUCACUUCCCCCGUCUCUGCCCUCCCGCUGCCGGGUCGCCCGUAUCCGUCAUCGGGCAGCUCGGUGGCAGAUUGCGCAAUGUGUAGGGCCCAUUAGUCUCUUUAGGGUAUAUGUACUAAACAUCGAUUUUUCAUAGCCACUGAUUCUCAGUAACUGUGAGCGCUGGAUUUAAAAGGACAUCAGUAAUACAUGCAAAACAAGUAUGCUUAGUCAAUAUAUACCCUUGUCUUUAUUUGGUUGGUAGGAAAAACUGCAUUUGCAUGACACCACAAAGGGAAAUUGUUGCAGGUCUUGUUUGUUUAAUAAUGAGGAUUCUCUGUUCUGGUUAAACCACCUUCCAGAGAAAAUGUUAUAUGGAAAAGGCUGAGUACAUAAUAAAAGUCACCUUCAUCUUA